UAAUGGCAGACGUAGAUGAAGACCCAUAUGCAGUCAGUUCAGACUCUGACGAUGAAAACAGUAAAAAACCUCCUCCCAAAAUUGCAAUUGAAGGCAGAACGGGCGAUUUAAAACAAAUUAAAGAAGCAUUAAAAACAGACGAGAAAAAAUCAGUAAAAGACGAAAAAAUGGUUGAAGAAAUUGAAGCCUUACGACGGGAAAAGGCUGAAGAAAUGAGUCGUAUGAAACGGGAUUUUGAAGAAGGACGUGCUGGUGGUGUUGCGCAAAUACAGAAAGAGUCUUUGGAAGGUGUUGGAAAAGAAAAUUUGGCCUCAAUGAAAGAAAUGUUUGAAAAGGAGCUUGGGAAAGAAUUUGUCCCUCAAAGAGACGAUUUAUUUAAUGAAUUACAACAAAAAGCUGACCAUCAAAAAAUUAAAAAUAAUUUUGAAAGGACUGCAGAAGACGAAGAAAAGCAAAAGGAUUGUUGUAUUUGUUCAAAAGUUGUUUAUCCUGUAGAGAAAAUUUGGGUGGGGAAGCAGCUUUAUCACACAAAUUGUUUUAAAUGCUCAAAAUGUGGAAAGAAGUUGAGUCAAAAUGCCUUCAAUUCACACAAAGGAGUUCUUUACUGUAAACCACACAUGUUAGAAGUACUUCAUCCAGAUAGGGUUGGACAAUUUGCAGCAGAAGAGCUUGAUGAUACCCAAAUGGAUGAGGAGAAUGAUGAUGAAUUUGCUGUUAGUUCUAAACCUAAACAAUUGGCUUCUGAUGUUGUUAGAGCUGGUGGUACAAACAUUGGAGAUGAAUUGGCACAAUUAAAGUCUUCUUUAAAAGAUAAAAAAGAAAGUUGGCAAAGUUCAGCAACAGCAGGUGCUCAAACAAGUGCUGUGGAUGAAGAAGAAAAGCGUCGACAAUUGGAAGAAAUUAAAGGAUCGGUUAGCGAGGUAAAACAAAAAUGGAAAACGGGUGAUGUUGAAGGAGCUAAUUUAGCUGAUGAUGCUGCGAAACAAGAAGAAUUGGAAGCGUUAAAGAAAGGUGUAAAUGUUAAAGAACGGUUUCAACCUCCGUCUGGUGGAGAUGUACAAAAAUGUUAUGAUCGUUCGGAGUUGGAUACUUCAGCGAUCAGCGAUGCUCGCAAGUCUUUUAUCGAAGGUUCAGCAUUUACCAGCCCAAAAACAGAAUCUUCUGCUGCUGGAGAACUUAGCGAAUUGAAAUUUACUGAAAUGAAUGCAUUCAAAGAUAAAUUUGAAAAAGGAAAAGGGGAUGUUGAAGAAAUUGAAAAGGCAAAGAUUGAAUUGGAUCUUCAAUUGAAAGAAUUGAAGAAGACAUUUGAAAAGCCAGAAAGUGAGAUGAGUCCAGAGGAGCGAGCGGCAAAGAAAAAGGUUGAAAUUGAGGCUGAAUUUGCCCGUUAUAAAUUGGCCAGAAAAUUGCAAGCAAAGAAGGCUAAAGAGGAGGCAGAGGGAAGUGGCGGAGGUGGUAAUGAGGAACACGAAGAAGGAGAGAAGGAGCUGGACGUGCAAAUCAAAUUGGCGGGCAAAGCGAGGGAGAAAUUCAAACAAAUCGAGGCACAGGGACAAGCUGGGAUUCCGCAGCCUGGUACUGGAGCAACUCAACAGAAGACGCCCUCCAAAUGGGACAAGAAAGUGGAAGGACCCGCAGAAGUUGUCAACAGACGCGUCGUCGACGACGAUUCCGAGACGGAAGAGGAGUUCGAUGUGAAGAAUCUGAUGGCAAAGUUCAAGAAUAUAGCUACGAUGGAACCAAAGGAGAGGGAGAAGAAUUUGGAGGAAUUGGAAGCCUUGAGGUUGGAAGCGAGGAAUUUGAGAGAACAAUUCGAGAAGACAAAUCAAAUGGAAUCGAGCGAGAAGAGCGAAGAGAAGAGGAAACAGAUGGAGGAAGAAUUCAAGCAACUCAAAGAGGAGAGAGCGAGAGCCCAGAAAGAAUUGGAACAAGAGCAAGCCGAAGCAGCAGCCUCCACAAACAACGCGGAAAAGGACGACGUUCAAAUAGCGGAAGCCCAUGCUUCAAAAAUGGCAGCCAAAUGGGAGAAGAUUCACAAGAAAGAAGCGAAAAAGGCAGAGAAAUCGCGAAUGCCCCAAAAGUAAAAAAAGUUGUUUGUUGUAACAGAGAAACUUCGCCAUUUUGCCCUUCUCCAACAACAUCAACAACAAAAUUAAUGGACAACAAAGCCUCUGCCACCUCCGCUCUUCGACUUUUUUCAGCUUUUUUGACAGGAUUGGCUAUAGGACUUUUGCUUGUUCCACGCAUUUUUG